UGUGCCUUCUUGGUUUCUGAGAGCAUCACAUGUGUUCUAUCUCUGAGCAAAAGCUUUCGUUAAGCGCAUUUCACUCAGUCUGGGAAGCAGGGGAGCUGCCUUCCACACAGAAGAGUUAACAGACCCAGCUUAUGCAGUGGAGAAUGACUUCAGAAGCAGGCGAAAGGAAGACAGAUCCGCGAAAUAACCACCUCCCCCUUAAAGCACCGGAAUGCUCACUUUUUUCCAGAUGCUAGCUGCUGUAGCAUCUCAGUAGUUUGCAGCUGGAGACCCUGAGUAUCAGUUACAUUGCCUGGGCUUUCACUAAGCAUAAAGGGAGAGCAAGGAAGACAGGACGGCAGAGUGCUUCACUUCACGGUGAAAGCUGUGAACUGUGGCAGAGAUUUAUACCUUAUGCAUGUUCCAAAGUUGUUCAAAUGUGCUGAAUGCAGCCUAGGGGACGUGGUGGAAUUUGGAGGAAAACAAAGAUACCACUGCAGACUAACAGAAUGCCUGAUUGCACAUGAGUUAAAUCAUUAGGAAGCAGCUUCUCUGUGUUGUGCGAUUUUCUGGCUGAAUGGAGAAGGGUUUUUUUUCUGCAUUAAAGGGAAACCCUGAAUUGAUAUUUAUUUCGAUGGUGGGUAAAUGUAGUUUGGUUUUAUAAGGAAAUCUCAUAACCAGAGUAAUGCGAGUAGCCAUGAGGAAAGCAACUGGAUUUUACAAUGUUUCUGGUCCCCCUCUAGGAUUUAUAGUUUUUGCCUUCUGGCAUAGUAAAAACUAAGGGCAACUUUGAAGGCUGCUUCAUCAGGUUGCUCAGGCUUGGCUGUCAAAACAUUCUUGUGCACGCAUGUGUGUGAUAGAUUACUAUGGAUUCUCAGCCAGGUCAGUUUUGUUGUACUUGGGAAAGCCGGUGACACAGCUUUGCCCUCCAUGGUUUCUGCCCUACUCAAGAGCCUCCCAUCUUACAUACUGAAGAUUUGCAAAGGAAUGUUUACAAAGAAAUUGGCAAAUACCACAAAGAAGAAAGAGAGCAGUCAAAACAAAAAGGAGCUAAAGCUGACCCCGGCAACCCCAGUACGGAACCCCACUUUCUCUACAGCAAUAAAAAGCACAGUCAAAAAAAUCGCCAAAUGUUCAUCAGCACGCAACUUGUCUGUUGAAGAGGACGAAGGCAAAAACGAAUUUUCACUGUCACCGACAUUUAGUUACCGUGUAGCAAUAGCAAAUGGACUCCAGAAAAAUCUUCUUUUAGUUAACAAUAAUGAAAAUCUUCUUCAAGAGGUCUUAUCAAUUGAGAGCAACUAUUCUGACUCCUUGAGUGAGGUGAAAGUCGGCCAUAGAUUUGAUGAACACAAAUCUCUUACGAUGCCUGUAAGAAGGAACAGAAAAAGUCUCAGCAGUCUGGCACCCUCUGAUGGAAGUUCUGAGGGUGAGCGCACUCUCCACACAUUGCGGCUUGGCGCAUUGCGCAAAUUAAGAAAGUGGAAAAAAAGCCAAGAAUGUGUCUCUUCAGAUUCAGAGGUAAGCAACUGGAAAAAAACUCUAGGUAUCCGCAGCAAGUCCUUGGACAGGGCUGGACGUCAACAACGAACAGCAACCCUCGAACCGGGCUUCAGCUCCACAGGCUGCAUCAGUCAGACCCAUGAUGUGAUGGAAAUGAUUUUCAAGGAACUGCAGGGAAUAAGUCAAAUUGAAACAGAACUCUCUGAGCUACGAGGACAUGUGAAUGCUCUCAAGACCUCCAUUGAUGAAAUAUCCAGCAGCGUAGAAGUUGUCCAAAGCGAGAUUGAGCAAUUGCGAUCCGGCUUCGUACAGUCAAGGCGAGAAACACGUGAUAUACAUGACUACAUCAAACAAAUUAGUCACCAAGGUAACACAGUCAGUCUUAGAUUUAUAAAUGUGCCUGAGGACAAACAUGAAAAAGCUGAAAAUCUCAUUUACCAGAUUUUAAAGGAGAAAAUGGGUUUUGCAGAUGCACACAAGACAAUAAAAAUUGAAUUAGCCCAUCGGCUGGGACAACAGAGGGAAUGUCCUAAUGCUAAACCUCGUCCAAUAAUUGUCUUCUUUGCCAGUCCCCAGGAUAGGGAUUUAGUUUUAAAGAAAUGUUACAAACUGAAAGGCACAGGCAUAUCAGUCUCUACUGACAGCCUUGCUCAUGAAGCUAAAGAGAGAAAAGACAAAGGGAUGACGUCCUCCCAAACUUAUGAAAGCAUGAACAUAAAGGUAUCUAUAAAAGAGAAGACUGAGCUGGAUGACUGGGACUCAAUGGACAGUGAUAAAGAGCUAGAAACUGAUUUAAAUAGGAACAAAUAUGCAAUCAUUUCAAAAGCUUCAUUCAAAACGAAAUCUGACAAGAAAAAAGCAGACUCCCAUGACAGCAGAACCCAUGACAGGUCUGCUGAUGGAAGUAUGUAUUCAAAUGCGGCACAAUACACUGAUGACACUUUUCACUCAUCUGGGUAUGAUGGUGAUGAAAAGCAAACAAAGCCUUAUUACACAGACUUGACCCCCGUAUGGCUUUCCCAGAGUGAUUACUCCACACCCAAACUUAGUCGUUCGGAGUCAGACUUUUCAAAGCUAUGCCAGUCCUAUUCUGAGGAUUUCUCAGAGAGCCAGUACUUUAGCCGGGCCAAUGGAUGCUCUCUUUUGUCAUCUUCCGAUAGGGAACUUUGGCAGAGGAAGCAAGAAGACAUGGCCUCUUCUUGGUAUGCCAGUCCACCCAGCCAAAAUCUGAGUCAGGAAAACCCGCCUUAUGUGGAGCCGAAUGAAGCAGAGAACACAGAAACUGUUGACAGUGGGGUGAGCAAUGGGCUGGUCUGCAUAUCAGGUGACAGAAGCCACUACAGUGACUCCCAGCUCUCUUUGCAAGGUGACCUUUCACCUUGGAAAGACUGGCAUCAUUUAGAACAGGGUGCUGAUUCUGGCCUUGACACUUCAACUCAGCAAAACAUUGUUUCAGAGGUAAAUAGUCCAUACGAUACCAUUGUGAAUACAUUCCCAGAAAAUAUUACAAAAUGCCAAGAGGUUGACCUCCAGUUUGAAGGGGAAGGAGAGAAUUACAUGACCUUAGAGAGUAGUUCUUCAACGUGCCCAGGCUUUGAGAGUGAAACUGCAAGUCAGCUGGAUGCCCAGAGUGACCCAUACCCAGAGUCAAAUACAAAUAAUUUUUAUCAAACCCCAAACAGAUCCACAAUCAUGUACCGUAGUCAGAGUGAGAUAAGGACCGAUGAUUCUGGGGAAGUGCCCAAAUCAUGGCAUAGCAGACUCAGCAUAGACCUUACAGAUAAAACUUUUAGCUUUCCUAAAUUUGGAUCCACUCUUCAGCGAGCCAAGUCUGCAUUAGAAGUAGUUUGGAACAAGAGCACCCAGAGCCUCAGUGCCACAGAGGAUGCAAACAAUUCCACAUUCAUGGGCCGAUUUAGGACUUUGUCCCAAUCAACUGCAAAUGACUCCAGUACAACGAUCAAUUCAGACGUAUAUACGGAGCCUUAUUACUACCGGGCAGAUGAUGCAGAAUAUAAUGAACAGGCAGCUGACAACGAAACAGAUUAUGUCGAAGUCAUGGAACAAGUUCUCGCCAAACUGGAGAACAGGACUAAUGCAAAUGAACCUGAGGAACAAUACCAAAUGUAUGAGGCUUCUCAGGAGGGAAACUAUGUGCUGGAAUACGACUGUAGCUAUGAUGAACAGUAUGAUGUGCAGUAUAGUGAGGAGUAUGAUGAUAAUGAGAUAGCUGGGGACACACCUGAGUUUGAAUCAUUAUAUGAACAAGAAACAGAAGAAAAGGAGGAUGAAAACCAAAAUAUCCCAGAAGACCCUUCUGAAUCUCAACCCAAAAAAAGGAUACGACCCACUUUCAAAGAAGCCGCUUUGAGGGCAUAUCGAAAACAAAUGACCGAACUGGAAGAAAAGCUUCUUGCUGGAGAUAGCAGUUCUGUGGAUGCACAGGCCCGGCUAGCACACGGCAAUGCUUUGGAUGCAUCAAAACUUUAUGGGCUUCAGGCUUCUGGAGGGCCUGGCAGUAUUCUUUAUGGUAUUGACAGUAUGCCAGAUUUACGGCGAAAGAGGACGAUGCCUAUUGUUCGAGACCUGGCUUUGACUUUGGCUGCUCGAAAGGCAGGCAUAUCAUUUGCCCUUGUGACCAGAUCUACCUUAAACAAUGAAGACCUGAAACUGCACGUCUUCAAGAAAACAUUGCAAGCCUUAAUUUAUCCAAUUUCAUCAACCACACCUCACAACUUUGAAGUCUGGACAGCAACAACUCCCACCUACUGCUAUGAAUGUGAGGGCCUACUGUGGGGAAUUGCCAGGCAGGGUAUGCGCUGCACCGAAUGUGGUGUCAAAUGUCACGAAAAAUGCCAGGAUCUCCUAAAUGCUGACUGUUUACAGCGGGCUGCAGAAAAAAGCUCCAAGCAUGGGGCAGAGGACAAAACCCAAAACAUCAUCAUGGCAAUGAAGGAGAGGAUGAAAAUCAGAGAGAGGAACAGACCGGAGGUGUUUGAGCUGAUUCAGGAUAUGUUUCAGAUAUCAAAGGAGGACUUUUCACAGCACUUGAAAACAGCAAAGCAGAGUGUAUUGGAAGGCACAUCAAAAUGGUCGGCCAAAAUCACCAUUACAGUCCUGUGCGCUCAGGGCUUACAGGCCAAGGACAAGACAGGCUCCAGUGAUCCAUAUGUUACUGUGCAAGUUGGCAAGACCAAAAGGAGAACAAAAACCAUCUUUGGUAACCUCAACCCUGUCUGGGAUGAAAAAUUCCACUUUGAAUGCCACAACUCCACAGACAGAAUAAAGGUGCGCGUGUGGGAUGAGGAUGAUGAUAUCAAGUCUCGAGUAAAACAGCACUUCAAAAAGGAAUCUGACGACUUUCUUGGACAAACAAUAAUAGAAGUGAGAACACUAAGCGGGGAAAUGGACGUCUGGUAUAACCUCGAGAAGCGGACUGAUAAAUCUGCGGUAUCUGGUGCUAUUCGACUGAAGAUAAGUGUGGAAAUGAAAGGAGAGGAGAAAGUAGCUCCAUACCAUGGGCAGUAUACGUGCUUGCAUGAGAACUUGUUCCACUACCUGACUGAGGUGAAGAAUGGGGGAGUAGUGAAGAUUCCUGAAGUAAAAGGAGACGAAGCCUGGAAGGUUUACUUUGAUGAUGUUGCUCAAGAGAUCGUUGAUGAAUUUGCAAUGCGCUAUGGAGUGGAAUCCAUCUACCAGGCUAUGACACAUUUCUCUUGCCUGUCUUCCAAGUACAUGUGCCCUGGAGUCCCUGCAGUGAUGAGUACUUUGCUGGCUAAUAUCAAUGCCUAUUAUGCUCACACAACAGCCAGCACCAACGUCUCAGCUUCAGACCGCUUUGCUGCUUCAAAUUUUGGAAGAGAAAAAUUUGUUAAACUCCUUGAUCAAUUACACAAUUCCCUGAGGAUUGAUAUGUCAAAAUACCGGGAUAAUUUCCCAGCCAGCAACUCCGAGAGACUUCUUGACUUAAAAUCAACAGUUGACCUGCUAACCAGUAUCACCUUUUUCAGAAUGAAGGUUCAGGAGUUGCAGAGCCCACCACGAGCAAGCAUGGUUGUGAAAGACUGUGUGAGAGCCUGUCUGGACUCCACGUACAAGUACAUCUUUGACAACUGCCAUGACCUCUACAACCAACUUCUGGAUCAGGCUAAAAAGCAGGACGUCCCACGUGAGGAACAAGGUCCCUCGAUCAAGAAUUUGGAUUUUUGGCCAAAACUCAUUACACUGAUGGUGUCAGUGAUAGAUGAAGACCGGACAGCAUAUACCCCUGUUCUCAACCAGUUCCCUCAGGAACUGAAUAUGGGCAAGGUGAGUGCAGAGAUCAUGUGGAACCUAUUUGCCCAGGAUAUGAAGUAUGCAAUGGAGGAACAUGAAAAGCACCGUUUAUGCAAGAGCACAGAUUACAUGAAUUUGCACUUCAAAGUGAAGUGGUUUCAUAACGAGUAUGUUCGAGACCUGCCUGCUUUCAAGGAUACCGUGCCCGAAUAUUCUCUAUGGUUUGAGCCCUUCGUCAUUCAGUGGUUAGAUGAAAAUGAAGAUGUGUCAAUGGAAUUUCUCCAUGGAGCGUUAGAAAGGGAUAAAAAGGAUGGUUUCCAGCAAACAUCAGAACAUGCUCUUUUCUCCUGCUCUGUGGUGGAUGUGUUCACACAGCUCAACCAGAGCUUUGAGAUCAUCAAAAAACUGGAAUGCCCUAAUCCUCAAGCCUUGGCCCAUUUCAUGCGUCGCUUUGCUAAGACCAUCAACAAAGUGCUUCUGCAAUAUGCUGCAAUUAUAUCUAAGGAUUUUGCCUCUUAUGUGUCGAAGGAGAAACUGCCCUGCAUCCUCAUGAACAACAUUCAACAGCUACGUGUCCAGCUGGAAAAGAUGUUUGAGUCAAUGGGUGGCAAACAGGAGGAAGGGACAGUGUCCUUUUGUAAGCUGGAUCCUGAAGCCAGUGAUCUCCUGAAAGAAUUACAGAUAAAACUCAAUGGCGUUUUGGAUGAGUUAAGCUCAGUUUUUGGUGCAAGUUUCCAGGCUGUUAUUGAAGAUUGUGUCAAACAGAUGAACCAAGAACUGAGUCAGAUGCGAGGAAAUGGCCCUGGAAACAAAAGCAAUGCAGCCAUGGAUGCAGAAACUGUGCUAAGGCCACUCAUGGAUCUGUUGGAUAAAAACCUCACCUUGUUUGCAAAAAUCUGUGAGAAGACAGUACUGAAAAGAGUUUUGAAGGAGUUGUGGAAAAUAGUUUUGAACACAAUAGAAAGACAGAUUGUCUUGCCUCCAUUAGCAGACCAAAGUCAAGGAGCUCAGAUGAUUUUCAAUGCUGCAAAAGAUUUGGGACAGCUAUCAAAACUCAAGGAGCAUGUAAUAAGGGAAGAGGCAAGAAGUCUGACUCCCCGACAGUGUGCAGUCAUGGAGGUGGUGCUUCCUACUAUCAAGCAAUAUUUCCAUGCUGGUGGAAAUGGCCUGAAGAAGACAUUUCUAGAGAAGAGCCCAGACUUGCAGUCUUUGAGAUACGCUCUCAGCCUCUACACACAAACUACUGAUGCCUUGAUCAAGAAGUAUAUAUGCACCCAGAACUCUCAAGGACACUCAUCUAAUGGAUCAGUGGGAGAAGUGUCAGUUAAUGUGGAUCUGAUAACACACCCAGGAACUGGAGAGCACAGGGUCACUGUGAAAAUUGUAGCAGUGAAUGACCUGAACUGGCAGACCAACGCCAUGUUCCGCCCCUUUGUGGAGGUCAGUGCCGUGGGUCCCAAUCUCAGCGACAGAAAACGGAGAUUCGGCACAAAGACAAAAAGCAACACUUGGUCCCCGAAAUACAACGAAACAUUCCAGUUCAUUCUGAGCAAUGAGGACGGGCCAGAGGCCUACGAGUUGCAUCUCUCUGUGAAGGAUUAUUGCUUCGCCAGAGAAGACCGUAUUAUAGGAAUGACAGUUAUCCAAUUAAAAGACUUCGCAGAAAAAGGAAGCUCUGCAUCCUGGUAUCCUUUGGUGAAGAGCAUCAGCAUGGAUGAGACCGGAUUAACCAUUCUGAGAAUACUCUCCCAGAGGACCAACGAUGAAGUGGCCAAAGAGUUUGUACGCCUCAAGUCAGAUUCACGGUCUGCUGAAGAAACUACCUGAAGGGCGUGAUAAACAUCAUCUGACUUGGAGAGAAUGGACAGGAGGGGUUGUUCUGUUUGUUUAGUGCAUGUGUAUAAACAUCUGUUGGAAUGUCGAUUUGGAAUAUGUACAAGUGUUUACCUAUACUUACUAUUAAGUACUAUAUUCUAUGAGUUAUGUUAAAGAAAUAUUAAAUACCUUUUUGUACUAAACUUAGUCUUUUUGAACAGAUAACUGUUCAGAUGAAGUGCCAUACCAGAAAAAAGACAAAAAAUCAAAUGGUGAUCUUGGUAUCUUUUAAAAUUUGCUUGAUUAUUUUGUUUAGAGUGUAAAUCAUUCUCUAUCCUUGUAUUGUUUAAUCGUUCAGUCAUUUCACUUGCACAGUUGUCUUUCAGUCCCAUAUGUUACUGUACAUAUCACCUCUCGUUGGCAUGUUCUGUUUUCGGAUGUUACCUCCUGGUAUCUCACAGUGACCAUUAGCUUGGGUCUUAUUCCACUUCUUUGUACUUUGAGCUGACCUAAACAAAACAUUUUCUAAUAUGGCAAUGACUGCUAUGUUAACCUAUAUAGGUGUUUGUAAUUUUAUAUCUGCUGAAAACAAUGAAGACAGCUCUUCUGUGUUACCAGUUUAAAGAGAAAGGGUGGAAACUAUUUUUGUCACUGGAUUCCAGCCUUUCUGUAUUAUCACUGUGACAAUGAGCUUUGAAGGCAAGCUUACAUAACAUUGCUGACAGUUUGAUAUUGUUGUUUCAUAUAUAGAAAUAUCUUUGUUCCUGAGAAACUGCCAAAGUUAUAUAAACUGUUUGUACAAAAAAGCAAUCCAUGAUCCAUAUGAAACAAAUAUUUGUGCUUUACAACUUUCAAUGCUACAUAACUGAUUGUUGAUGAGCUAGUUCUGAGAAUCUUCUAUUUUUUUUAUUAGUGCGAAGCUGUUAACCACUUUGUACAUGUUGCUUUACAUAUUAGUUAUAUCAGCUUCAGUCAUUUAAUUUCUGUUCCUUGAAAAGAAAGAAUUUAACAUUGGGGUAAUUAUGCAACAUUCCUAUGUAUUGCACUGAUGGCGAACUGUAUGUCAUGUAAAUAUAUUUAGUGAGAAAUUCUAAAAA